AUGUUUACAAGGCAGGGUGGUGCAGGAUACCAGCAUGGAAGUUUCUUCAACGAUGUGUGGUGCUCUGUUAUCCUGAAUGGCGAGACGCCGGUGACAGCUAUGGAUUGGCAAAGAAAGGGGCCUAAGGAGGGGUUAGCCGAUUCGAUCCCACAAAUCACCAGCCAUCAUUCGGCCGUCGAGUACAAUGGCGGUAUGUACGUGUAUGGAGGCAUCACUGUAAAUGCAGAUCUGCCUACUGGCGGUGAACGCGUUGACACGAGCUCACUGUGGAGAUUCGAUCUGGCAAACGACACGUGGUCUAAAUUUCCGAGUGUGACCUCAGCGUCACCGCCACCGAGACAUUCACACACUGCAGUAGUCCAUGAGGACAGAAUGUACGUUUAUGGAGGCUCGGAUUUAAAGAAAGUGCAUUUCAACGAUAUGUGGACCUUCGACUUUAAUACUCAAGUAUGGGAAAACAUUACUACCGAUGCAUUCCCGUCGGCGCGCAGUUGGCACGGUGCUGGAGUCGCUGAGGGUGACAUGUAUGUCUUUGGGGGUGGACAAUGCGAGAAAAGCUGCAAGCUGCAUAAUGAGCUCUGGAAGUACACAUUCUCCAGCCAAACCUGGACACAACUCGAUGUGGGCAGCGCACCUCUAGGCCGGUACAAACAUACCUUCACAGUGAUGGAGCAACGAGGAGGAGAAGGCGGAGUAAAUAUAAUCCUCACUGGAGGAGAGUCUUACAGGUGCGGUGAUGUGCAAAUGUAGCAUGCUGUUGGUUCACUCGAAACCUCUUUUCUUCAUUUGAAUUCAAUUGCAUCUUAGAUAUCAUUGAAAGCAGUGUAAACGUUUGCUACUAGUUUCGCACCAGGUGAGAAGCUGUGCACGUUGCUUGCAAGUGGGCUGGCGUGAUUUUAAACAGUGACUGGUGUGUUGUCUCCCCCGACAUGUGAUUUCACGGUAGGGGUCGCUCACAACGUGCUAUUUCGAAUGUGUCAGAUAUGGUUGCUGCACCUCACCUAUUGUAGAUUCACUGGUUUUGGGUUCUUUUGAGUGGAUUUAUGCACUUGCGAUUUCCUUAUUAUCGGACCAUUUCGCUGUUCUCCCACUGCUUCAUAGCUGGUUGGCUCUAAUUCUUAGGCCAGGGUGGGCUGGCACAGAUAAAGGCUCGAUUGCCACAUACUACAUUAUUGGUGGCUCGAAACCCUCCUUUUUGC